AUGUCUUCUCAAAACCUUCAUAGUACUUUGUCCCUGAAGGACAUAUUAGACAACGGAUUUCUGAUGAGUGCUUCCAGCAAUAGCAACUCUCCAGAUAGCAGCUUAUUUCUGGACAUGAAUCGUGCUGCCAAAUCAGAAGACUGGGACAGUAAAGAGACUACUCUAAAUGUCAAGGUUUCAGAUUCUUCUUCGGGUAGUAUGAAGGGAGACCUGCAAACUUCAUGUGACAGUGGGACAUCUUUUUGUAAAACCCCAUUCCAACCAUCUGCCUUUGACUUGUCUAAUUUGAGUUCUGCUAAUAACAGCAAAGCAAAUUCCUUAGUGGAUACAUACCAUGAUACUAAGUCAUCUACACCAUGCAGAGAAGACAAGGCCUCUGUACUAACUGAACACAUGACAUUAAAAAGUUCUGAAAUGAGUGAUGAUGUGGUCUUCAAGAAGCCACUACAGCCACCAAUAUGGGAGAUUUCUGGAAUACAAGCCACUGUGGAUAAUUCUCUGUCUCUUGAAGCAAGCUUAGAAGAUACUGGCUCCCUGGUUUGCAUAAAAACGGAUACACCAUCUCUGGAAAGGUCACAUUUUGUUACGCCACCUGAUCCAUCAAUGAAGUCAGCUGAUGCUUUUCUUACGGUUCUUCCUGCUGAAAUUGAGCCACCCCCCCAAAAAAAAUCAAAUAAAAAUUAGUCUGAUAAGAUAUUGUGUCACAAAGACAUUAACUGAAAGUGACUUCAUCCUUCUACAUUUAAGGAUCUACGCAUGAUAGCAAAUAAUUUAGUAAUUGAGCACCCAAAUUUAGAAAUGAAAGCCAGAUUUAUUGAAAAAUGCAAAAAAUAUAAUAUAGUAUGCAUUCUCUGUGCAUACCACUGAAUGUCUUUCUCCACUAUAGUUGAUGUGAAGAGCUGAAAUAUGAGCAAUGAGCUAUGGAAAACAUUGGUAUAAAAACAGCUUCAGUCUUAAUCAAGUGAAAUAUUACUUCAUAUGCAUUAGUAUUAAUCUGUUGUCUAGUCUUUGUGGGGAUUGAUUUUGGGAUUGUUGGUUGAAAUAUGAAUAGAUAUUUUGCUAUUCCAAACUGGAUUAAGAUGCCAGUACAUUUAGUCCCUACCUUUACUCUUAGGAAUCACUAGAACUAAAUCCAGGAAUCUCAGCUGUGAAUAAUAGCUGCUCCUAUUUAUCUCAGUUAUGGCUUUGGAGCAACUUUAAUUGCAGUAAAUAAUUCUCAGUCUCUGAAUUGGCUUUAUCCUGAUUAUUAGCAAGCAAUACAAAAAGACUUUUAAAUUAAAGGAAUAUGUUGAGUCAUAUCAUAUAUUAUCCUUGACCACAACUUGGUUUCAUCCAGCAUAAUACAUAGAUCUAGUUGUGGAUUAAUGAAUAAAUUAUGAUUCACAUUGUAUGAACUCAGUUACUGCUAAAGGGGUAGCAAACUAAAUGUUUUCUGAGGCUCCAGAGUUUCUAGACAAUUGGGCAGUUCAGAUGAGGUUCUUUAUGGGAGGAAAGGACUAGUAGGUAGAGAGAAAUAAAAGUAUAAGGGGCAUCAAUGUUUGCCUUGUAAUCCACUGAAUUAAAAUCGACUCUUAACUCCACAAAGAUCCAAUUGUUAAAUUGGAUUAGCCUGGUAGUAGGGCAGUUGUAACAGGUUCCUCUUUUUUCCUAUACUUUUGGGAACAUGGAUCACCUGAUGACAUUGUCAAAACAGGAUUUGUUUACAGUGUACAAAAUGAAAUGGGUUCUUUAUGCUUGCUGGAAACCUAAACCAAAGCCUGACUUUUGCAGGAAGCAGAAUGAAGACCUUUGUACAAAGUUUUUUCCUCUGCUUGUCCACCUGUUAGUUGUAUGAGUUUCCAUUUCUUUGAAAUAAGUUGUUAGAGAAGACUCAGCAGGAAUAAAUGGAAUUAAAAGACUAUAUCUUGUUCCUAUAAAUAAAGUUACCAAAUAGCACUGCUUAUUAUGUGUGAAAAUCAGUUUUAUUUCUUUCCUUUGAGAUUAAAUCAGCUAUUUCCAUUAUCAAAGUCAGUGCUGAAUUUUAAUACUUUCUGUUGUGCUGAGUAUUGGUAUAACUCAACUGCACAUUUUUCUAUCAACACUAAAAAAAAAUCACUUUAGGUAGUUCCUAUGUUUAACCUGAGAUUUUAACUGACCUUCUCAUUCUAAAACAAAAUGAGAAUAUCCUUGAUCUGUUUUUAACAAUCACUUAAGACACAAAUUUUAAUACAGCUAUCUCUACAGCUGAACUAGUUAAAAGCCUUUUUGAUCAUGAAUUGCUGAACAGACUCCCUCAUCCUAAGCUGAAGAGAGGCCUUUAAGACCUCCUAAU